AUGGAGAUGUUGGCCCAAACACGUGACCAAGAUCCGGAGAAAUCGGGUCGGAUCCUGCGGGUCAUGAUCGAGGCGAGCCGGGCAAUCGGGUCACAAGGGGUGGUCGAGGGGCAAUACAGGGAAGUACUGUCAUCGGGACACGUGGAAGAAGUCGGAAAGACGUCGGAGAAAAUGGAGGGCGAGAUUUAUGCAUGCUCGGCGGCGUGCGGGGCGAUGCUCGGCGGCGGAGGCGAGGACGAGAUUGAUAAAUUGAGAAGUUACGGGUUAAAUGUGGGAAAAAUAGUGGGGUUUUUGCAGAGGAGGGACGGCGAAGAAGACAACGUGGAAACAAUGAAACGAGUGGAGGAGACGAAGGAUUUAGCAAUAAAAGAGUUGAGAUUUUUCAAAGGAGAUAAAGUGGAAGCUAUGUAUAGUCUUAUUGAUGCUUGUGUGGGCUUGAACCAUGUUUAUAUAUGA